AUGCUACAACGGCGUAUGCUUUCGAAGGAGGAUGAGGCAUCCGCUAGCUCUGAGGAAACUGAGGUUCGACGCGAAGAUCAGGAAAAGAUCAAUCGCUUCAGCAGACUGCACCAGCGGGAAACAAUGCUGGAGGAGCAACUGAAGUCGAAAAAUAAAGACAAGGAAGACCUUGAGGAGGUAUCUAUGGAACUCGAACUUGCAGACGAGGAUGAGAAGAUACCAUAUAAAAUUGGUGACUCGUUCAUCUCACUCCCUCUCUCAGAAGCACAAUCCCUGCUCGCAGCUUCCACAGAGCAAAUUGAUGAGGAGGUCAGCAAGCUAGAAGCAGACCUACACGACCUGAGAGACGAAAUGCAGAAGCUAAAAGUUGCUCUGUAUGCGAGAUUUGGUAGGAGCAUUAAUCUUGAAACUUAA